UCUUUGGAGGGUCAGGCAAAUCCCGUAUGGCCAGGUAAUAAUCAGAAUCGUCCAGCCGCCGUAUCUUUAUCGGCUUCGUCAGUGAUGUCCACCGGAUCGCAACCUGAUAGUCUUGGAUCCGGAGACAGUGCUCCGUCAUCUGUAACAACAUCAAAGCGACUGGCUUUCGAUUCUCCGGUACGGUUUGCGCCUACGGUAACGACGACAGCUGAUACUAUUUCUGGGGCCACUUCUACGCCACCUCCUGAGGAACCGCAAUCAAAACAAGGGGUAACUACCAGUGAAAGCGCACCUUCUGGACAGGUGCCGUCAUCUCCAAUUACAUACUCUUUGGCGACAUCAUCUGCAGCUAGAAUCACACCACAUCAGUCCUUGUUUGGAAAAUCAGCUCCAGUUGCUGCAAAUGCAAAUGUGAGCACGUCAAGCGCGAACAGCACAACUGCAGAAGGUAAAGGAGGAUCUGUGAUUACUGAAGCCGAACAAAGUAGUCAGGUCAGCGGUAGUGCUGAAGUCCGAGGUGUGGAGGCGAACGAUGAUGAUGGAGCUGGACAUAACGAUUCAGCGGGAGAGUCACGAGAUAGCGGCAGUGGAAUGCCGGUUUCAUCAUCGGAUGGGCGAAGGAAAAGAUCAGCUACAAACGAGACUUCUAGCUGUGAAUCCAAGCGUCAUAGAGACAGCCCAAGUGAGAUUGUGACUAGUAGUGAAGAGCGCCGUGAUUUGGGUACGUUACCAGCUUGUAGUUCAUUCGUUGCCGUUCAGAAGAGUUUUUAG